AACCCCAUACAUGCAGGGGCGUCGACUGCGCCAUUCAGCUCAGUGAUGGGAUGAGCCCUACAUAGUUAGGAAGAUCACCUCCCUUUUCUCCUCUCAAGAUACUCUAUCGACAUUACAAUCAAGCCGCCUUACACGAAGAUGGAAUGCGAAGCGUCGACUGCGGCAACACGCAACCAAUGGAGACAUUCUGUGCUCCGACUUCAACACGAAGGACCUUGAGAUUUUCAGUACCGGGCUUGAAGACGUACGCAACGAACUGUUUCGAGUGCUGUUGGGCCAGCAUAUGUCUGAAGAUAGAUCUACUACAUGGGACCCCAGCGGAUCCGAAAUGACACUGGACAAGCUUAACAAUUUGGAGUCUGCCCUGACAUCGACAUGGAGGGAUUAUCACUUACGACCACACAAACGCAACCGGGUGACUCUUGGGAAUGUCACGUCCGUCAACCUGCGCUUGGACGGCACAUGGAGUUGCGAUGCAAAAGGAGCCGACUCCUUUGUUAUGAGGUUUCCUGCCGUCAAGUACGCCAAGGGACCCGAUCGCCUGCAAGAAGCAAUAGUCAAUGUUACACAGAGAGGUGAGCGAGAGGUAUUUUUGUCUAGCCGAUCAACAUCACCACGGCCUCCAUGAUUGGGAUUUGUUCUAACGGUGUCUAUUCAAGCCACAUCUCGCGUUCAAAAUGGACCAAUCCCUGUCAGCUAGAACCGCUGCAAGGCAAACGCUAUCAAAUGGCCCUCCACAACGACGGACAGAUCGGCAUGGAACGCGGUGUUCUCAGGUACGAGGACGUCAACGACCAUACAGCAGAUGCUGAGUUUCCUUUUAGCGAAGUGCUUAAACACGAACUGCACUAUCGCGAAAGAAUUGUUCUUUGCUUGCGGCUAGUUCGUUCGCUGCUUGAUCUUCACAACACUACCUGGCUGCGGGGUGACUGGGGUGUUGAAGACAUCUGGGUGUACGGCAAAUCGAGCUCCUCGGAACUGCAGCUACGCCAGCCAUAUCUCAGGCUGGCUCUCCCGAGCAACCAAAGUGACUCGCCCGUGGACAGUCAGCCGUCGACUACGAGCGACUUCUUUGGCGAUAUGCAUCGCUUUCCCCACGCCCUUAGCCUGGGUGUUGUUCUUAUGCAAAUACUGCUUAGCGAUCGCCUGCAGAUCGUUGCUCCGCUCGAAGAUUAUCGGAACGAGAGACGGAGACAUUUAUCAGAGCAUAUCCGGAAUGACGUCAACCUCAAGGUGGUUCAGGCUGAAAGGUUGUUGAAAGAGUGUCAAAAGAGGCUCUCGGCUAGAUCUCCGCUGAUCAAGGCUAUAAGCGGCUGCACAAAACCAAACCUGUUUGGGCCAAACGAGAACGGGAGAGGGGCAGACAAACCUCUUCUAGGGGACUCGGUUGGGCUGUUCGAAAACGACACAAAACGGUCCUACUCGGAAUUUUCAAGGGAGCCGUCCGCUAUGGGCGAGUCGUCGGCGAGCGCUACACAGGGUGCAAGUGUUUCAACUUUGACAUGGAAUGAGAGCCUCGUCGAGCUAACAGAAAAGAACAUUGAACCGUUAAGGCUUACCACCCAGAGCCUCUCCAGAAUGAACGGAAGAUCAGAGGAAGGGGGCUGUAGACCGGACGACAUGUGGAAUAACCUUGUCUCCGUGGCAAUUCUGGAUACCGGUUGCGAAUUUAGUUUAGAUAAGCUCAAGGAUCUCAUCGUUGGGAAUAAUACCGGCGACAUUCCCUUUCCAAAAAGAGUCGGAUGGAAGGAUUUCGGGGACGAGUCACGCCGUCCCAGUGAUCCCAUGGUGGAUGAAUCUGAAAGCCGCCAUGGAACCAUCAUGGCCCGACUGUUCUUGGGAGCUAUGGGAAUGUCCAAAGUCUACAUACCACGCGUUAUGAAAGGCACUAGUGAUGAUAGGGGUGCUGCUGAGAGACUUGCUGCUGCCGUCGAAUGGGCUAUAAACGAAUGUAAUGUCGAUAUCAUCAGUAUUUCUCUCCGCCUUAACAAGCCUUCGGAGGAGGUGCGUAAGAGGUUCCAUGAAACGAGCGGUAAAGCCUUGAUCUUUGCCUCGGGUAGAAAUAUGAACCAAGGGACCUACCAAGAAACCAAUCGCCUUCCCGGCAACGUCAGAGAACACCCGCAUCCGGAGUUGCGGAACUUCCAAGUCAUCGGACAGGAUUUCAACGUCCCCAACCCUGCAGACGGGACUCCCCUGAUCUUCCAAGGCACGUCCUGUGCAACCCCGACCGCAGCCGGGAUGGCCGCCUUUGUUAUCGACUUUACUCGAGCCUAUGGAAUAGAGUGGGCCAAACGUCGGGAAACUGGCGAGAAAGACGAGGUUGACGACAUCCGAAAAACAUUGGUGGAUGAGAAGCAGAGACUCAAGUGCGACCGGAUCAUGAUGAAAGUGUUGCUGUCGUACAUUACGAGACGUGACCGGGCUCAUAAAAACCUGAAGGGAAAGUACAUCAGGCUCAACCCCGAGCUCUUGUUCGAAUGCGCCGAGGACCCGGGAAAGUGGCAGCGAUCAGCGCUGUUGAGAAUUGCUGAGGCUUUGAAGGACAAGAAUGGUAUUCGGACGUCUAGGCGGAGCGCUUGA